AUGAAGCUCUCAUCCAUCCUCGCGCUGCAGCCGCUCGCCGUCGCCGCCUCCGUCUUCGACACGAUCCUGCCCACCACCGCGCCGCGCAAGACGUCAGAUCCGUGGGAGUGCUCGACCAGGACACUCGUGUCCUUCUUUGACGUGCCCAAGCCGACCGGCGCACUCCUCGACGCGCUCUUGUCUUUUGGCGACGACCUGUACGCCAGCUGCGCGCCCACCGCCACCAACCACGUCGGCCAGACCGUCUGCGCCUUUCCCGCGCACUCGCGGUGGUGCGCGUUCGCCACCGCGGCGCCCGCCACGGUGUUGCCCGCGUACUCGUCGUACGCAAGCAGCGCCUCCGUCUGGUGGAGCGAGCACGCCGCCGACGCCGCCGCCGAGGCCGAGUUCUGCCCCAACGCCUGGCGCAAGGCCAUGAUGUGGUUCGCCAACGGGCCCGAGUGGCUUAACGACACGAUUGCGUUUGCGGGCUGCUACGCCGCCGCGCAAGUCACGGGGGAGUCGUCUAGGUCGAGCAGCCUGCCGGAUGCUACGGCCGGCGCGGGCGUUACAACGCCGACGUCGGCGUCUAAGACGGCUACCAUGACCACAACAGCGGAGGCGCAGACGCCGAGUAAGUCCAGCAGCGCCGCCGCAGGGACGUUUGGUAAAUCUUGGGUCGUCAUAGGUGUGGUGGUGGCUGGUGCAGGGGCUAAUAUCCUGUGGUAG